AUGUUCACGUGCAUCUGGAGAGUAAGCCAGGGAUCGCUUUGGCCCGGUACCACAACAACAAAGCAAGAAUGCGAUGAGCCUGGCUCGCGCUCGCAUAUGGCCACUGGCGUGUUCCUGAUCGUGUCUCUCUCUGUGCUGCGCUCUGUACAACUGUAA